AUGGGUAAAAGCAUUAAUAUUCAUUUCUAUCAACCUCUUUCACUUCUUAUUCUGAGUGGAAUUCGGUUCCUUAGCAAAAUCUGCUUCUGCUUUGGAGAUCUUGAUGUGGUAUGCAUUGAUGAUGAGAGGAAAGCUCUUUUCCUGUUCAAAGAUGGCCUAACAGAUCCUUCAGGCAGACUUUCACCUUGGGUGGGAGAAGAUUGCGGUAAAUGGGAAGGAGUAAGCUGCAACAAUGGAACUGGACAUGUUGUUGAGCUCAAACUUCGCAACUGCUUUCCAGAUGGUUUGGAUGGUGGUGCAACAGUCACGAGUUUAGGUGGUAAGAUCGAUCCUUCUUUGCUUGUUUUGAAAGAUUUAAAUUUCUUGGACAUAAGCAUGAAUGAUUUCGGAGGUUCCCAAAUUCCUUCUUUUAUUGGAUCACUACAGAACUUGAGAUAUCUCAACCUUUCUGGUGCAUGUUUUGGUGGAACUAUUUCUCCAAGUCUUGGAAAUCUUUCAAGAGUGUAUUAUCUAGAUCUCAACAACAACCAUUUCAUUCAGUCAAAUAAGAGUAGCAUAACAUGGCUUUCUGAAUACUGGUGGACUUAUAUGAGAGCUGAUUCAGAAGUUUUAGAUGAGGUUCGAAGGCUUUCUGAAGCAGGAAAGUUAAAAAUACCUGUAGAGAAGACAUUUCCAAUUGCCCAACUAGAGAUUCAGGAGGCAAAAGAAAAGCUGGAUGGAAAGGAUGCUGACUACGAGGCCAUGAUGAGUUAUAAACUUUCAAUUGCCAAGAAAGUUUUUUCACAAGAGAAGGAUAUGAUACUUAACUCCAAGAUCCCAUUGAUCCUGGAAUUGCACUUACCCAAUUGUCAACUUUUUGAUCCGCCUUUGACCUUUCCUUUUCUUAAUUUCACCUCUCUUUCUGUGCUUGAUCUCUCAAACAAUGGUUUCAAAUCCACAAUACCAGAUUGGUUGUUCAAUCUUAAAAGCCUAGUUAAGCUUGACCUCAGUAACAACCAUUUCCAUGGAGAAAUUCCGGAUGCAAUAUCUAAUCUAGCUUUUCUUGAAAAGCUUGACUUGUCAGGAAUCCACUGGGGUAAGUUGUCAAGAAAUUUGGGAAAGUUGUGCAAUUUGGAGCUUUAUGAUAGUAAAAUCUCUGGUGAAAUAGUUGAUUCUUUUGACAGUUUGUCUGAAUGCUUCAGCAAUAGGUUGGAGACUUUAGAUUUGGGAGACAAUGGAGUAAUGGGAAAACUGCCCAAUUCUUUGGGAUAUAUUGAGAGCUUAAGAUUUCUUCAACUGUCAAACAACUCUUUACAAGGCUCACUUCCAUGCUCUAUUGGAAACUUAAAAUCUUUGCAAAAGAUUUUAUUAGGAGAUAACCGGAUGAGUAUAAUACCAAAAAAUCUUGGGCAACUUUCAAAGUUGGUUGUGUUGGAUAUCUCAGAGAACAUAUAG